GAAAUACAUGUACUACUACAUACAUGUAUGUAGCUACUAGGUAUGUAGUGAAUACAUGAAAACUCGAUGUUUCAUAGGUAAUAGGUAGUUACAUGUACACAUACUUCCAUCAUAACUGCCGACUUCUAAUUUUCAUUACUUUCAACUCAAUUGUAAGCUUUUUUUACCUUCAAAACAACCGUGACCUCAUUUAUUGACCUCCCCCCUGAGCGUAUCUACACGCACAUCCAUUUUAUACUGUCCUCAACUCCUUCACCAAGUAAUUGUAAUAAAAAAGAUACCUGCCACCCUAUAGUAAACAUGCCACAUCCGCUCGUGUUCCAAUUGAGCGGUACUUGCAAUAGUUACCCCUGGGGAAAGAAGGGGAAACAGUCUCUAGCAGCACAGCUAUGCGCCCAGACGCCUGGUACAGAUUUCCGCAUCGACGAAGACGAGUUUUAUUCCGAGAUGUGGUUUGGAGACUAUCCUGAUUUCCCGGCACGCAAAUUGGAUACCGGGGAGCUCUUAGCCGAGGUGCUGCAACAAAACAAACAGCAGCUUCUUGGAAAGAAGGUCAUUGAGAAUUUCGAUAGCCAGCUGCCGUAUUUGCCCAAGAUACUAUCUAUCGCAAAGGCGCUUCCAUUGCAGCUUCACCCUAAUAAGGAACUCGCCACCAAACUGCACGAGAAGGACCCGGAUAACUUCACAGACUCAAACCACAAACCUGAGAUCGCAGUGGCACUUUCAAAGUUUGAAGUCUUUGCCGGGUUCAAGCCACUGGACCAGAUAGCUCCUCUAUUCAAACUACAACCACUCCAGCAAUUCAACCCAGAGCAGCAACACAAAUGGACGGACGAAAUGCUGCGAAAUAUAACCAGGAGCCUGCUCAAGUCGGACCUCGAGACUGUCAAAAAGGUACAAACGGGUCUGUCCAAGAUUCCCAAGGAGCAAUUUGGCGAUGCUGCCUAUAUACUUGACCUCCUCCCCCGUCUGCAAGACCAGUACGGCCCAGAGGAUGCCGGUAGUCUGGUGGCUCUGCUGUGUAUGAACUUUUUGGUAUUCGGUCCUGGAGACGCAGUAUGGAUUCCUGCGGAUGGAAUUCACGCCUACUUAUCUGGGGAUAUCGUCGAGUGUAUGGCGCGGAGCAACAAUGUGCUCAACACCGGCUUCUGCCCGCCCGGCGACCGCAACAACGCCGACAUGUUUGCAGAUACCUUGACUUUCAAAGCGCAUAGUAGGGAAGACGUAUCCCUCCCUAGCCAAAAAUUUGAGAAGAGUAAGAAGGGAAAGACAGUGGUGUACAGGCCACCGAUGAGCGAAUUCGAUAUGCUCAAAACGGAUCUAGAUGUAAGCGAGAUUGAGGAGCUAGGUGCAAGCGAAGGGCCAGGUGUGAUGAUUGUGACUUCAGGGAAAGGGGUCAUGCAUGCCGAUGGAGAAGAGUUCCAGCUCAAGGAAGGAUUCAUCUUCUUUGUUGCGCCAGGCGUCCCAAUCAGGUGGGAGACGCGGAGUGGAUUGCAGAUUCACAUGGCCGUCGUAUGAAUACCUACCUAGCCUAGGUAGGUAGGUCUUUAGAUCUUGGCACAACUGAUGACCAGA